UAAAACGGAAAUGCAUUUAUUUUACUGCGAGUGUGUGCGCUGCUGACCAGAGGAUUUUAGCCUUUACCGCGACUGCACAGGCCCGACGCUUUACAGGAGAAGUACGGAGGGUUUGUUCUGUGUAGUUUAAACGCGUCUGUGAAGGAAUCGAGUGAAGUCCGGCGGACAUGUCUGCGAUGUCUCUUUGUGAGUGGGACUGAGGAGCUGCGGAGUGCGCCUGGACGAGCUAACCCCGUUAGUCUGUGUGUGUGCGCGCUGUGCAGCCGUGAUCUACGACACGAGACAGAAAGCUCUGCAGAGCGCGUCUCGGCGCCCACACCGGUGCUAGGACGUAUCUUCAGACUCUUCACCACUGGCGCUGGAAGCUGCCAUCAUGCCCUUAUCCCCGGAGAGCGGCACCCCCUGUGCCCCACCCUGUGCCAAGCGGGCGCGCUGCUCCGAGCCGUGGCCUGAGGAGGCAGUGGAUAACUCAUUUGGACUCUACUCUCUGCAUCACAUGUUUGACAUUGUUGGCUCCCAGCUCACGCACCGCGACGUGCGCGUGCUCUCCUUCCUGUUUGUGGACGUGAUCGACGAGUACGAGCGCGGCGGCAUCAGGUGUGGGCGGGACUUCCUGUUGGCUCUGGAGCGUCAGGGCCGCUGUGACGAGUCCAACUUCAGACACGUUCUACAGCUGCUGCGCAUCAUCACCCGCCACGACCUGCUGCCCUACGUCAGCCUGCGCAAACGCCACACCGUUUGUCCUGACCCAGUGGACAAAUACCUGGAGGAGUCGUCCAAAGGCAGUGUGCAGAGCCGGAGCCCCUCAGGCCAGAGGAAAGCAGCCCCACAGCCGCUGAUCUGCUGCCCUCCUGCAGGGCCACAGGUCGGAGCCUCUCAGGUGGGGCCCUCUCAGGUGGGGCCCUCAGUGAGUAAACCGGCCCGGACGUCCCCCACACACAAACGCAAGAGGAGUCAGAGUGUGGCCGACUGCAAAGAGAAGCAGACGUGUGACAUCCGGCUGCGUGUGCGGGCCGAGUACUGCCAGCACGAGUCUGCUCUUCAGGGGAACGUCUUCUCCAACAAACAGGAGGCUGUGGAGCGUCAGUUUGAGAGAUUCAACCAGGCCAACACCAUCCUCAAAUCCAGAGACCUGGGCUCCAUCAUCUGUGACAUCAAGUUCUCCGAGCUCACCUACCUGGACGCCUUCUGGAGAGACUACAUCAACGGCUCUUUACUGGAGGCCCUCAAAGGAGUCUUCAUCACCGAUUCUCUGAAACAGGCCGUGGGCCACGAGGCCAUCAAGCUGCUCGUCAAUGUGGAUGAGGAGGACUACCAGGCCGGCCGCCGCAAACUGUUGGGCAACCUGGUGACCGGAGAGCUGUGCUCCUCUCGGUGGUAGACUUCAGCCUCCACUUAAUGUCCACUGCGCGUGUCCACUGUCCUCCAGUCCUACAGGAGGCAGCCCAGAGCAGGACAUACACUCAGAGUGUAGACUCACACAGGAAAGGGAACAUUAAUGAAACACACUGCACAUGGACUUUACUUUUCACUGUUUUAUCCUCCACACGAUAUUUUAGAUAUUUAUUUUAAAGACUUUCUCUUUUGGUUAGAACACAAACUCAUACACGUUACUCCCUCACGUUUGUGCCUGAUUACUUCCCCGUUGUAGAGGAAACCCGUCCAGUUAAAGUGCUGUGUUCUCAUGAAACGUCUGACUACAAUGGUAGUCCUUAUCCUGUGUUCCUCUGCUUGUUCUUCUGGAGCUCCUGGGAGGUGGAGGGAGGUGCAUGGGGGUGGGGCAGGGCUGUGGGUUGGUCAGGUGGAGGUGGACAUACACAGUGGACACAUACAGUGGACAUGUGCAGUGGACGUGGCUCUGAGACCUCUGUGGACUGUAGCUUCUGGACUGUGACAUUCUUGUCGAUGUUGAUGUGUUCUGUAGGGGGCGCUGUCUGAUCCUGAGUGGAGAUGUGGUCAGUUUAUGAUGAACAUUUUACUGGUACUCUUUGCUUUGUGAGCAGAUCCAUUACUCUAGAACUGCAUAUUAAACUUUUUUAAUUCAA